AUGAAUUCAACCCGUGACAACAAAUUGGGAAAAAGUUCAAUAUAUAGUAGGGGUGUGCAUUUGGAUCCAUAUCCGGAUUUUCAAAUCCGAGCUGUUAUCACCCGGAUUGAAUCCGGACUAAAUCGGGUCCCCUUGUGGACACCACCUCCAUCACCACCACCACUGUCAUCUCCACCAGCGAUAAUUAAGGACGCUAAGCACCCGAACACUUCACUGCAGAGCCCACACAGGAACGAAGUCAGUUGUGUCUCAUCUAGCCACUCAUCGGAAGUCGAGUCUGCACGGCCUCUUCUCAAAAAGCUUCUAGACUAUGCUAGACUAGCCGGUUCGGAACCUGGUCGUGCUGUGAAAUCACUUAUUGGGCUCGAAAAAUUAGUGCCCGAGCAUGGAGAUCCAACCAAGUGGGUAGCCUAUCACUUCUAUCAGGCGCUAUGUGGCAGGUUGUCUGUUCAAACUGAGAAAAGCUUGACUGUCACUGAAGAAGAGAGCGCGUCAGAGGAUUUCACACUGACUUACAAAUCUCUUAACGAUGCAUGCCCAUACUCGAAGCUUGCACAUUUAACAGCAAACCAAGCAAUCCUUGAAGCUACAGACGGGGGAAUCAAGAUUCACAUAGUAGAUUUUAGCAUUGUUCAAGGGGUUCAAUGGGCAGCGCUUCUACAAGCUCUGGCUAGUCGUUCCACCGGAAAGCCCACUACGAUUCUCAUCUCAGGCAUACCCGCCCCGGCUCUAGGUAAAUCUCUGGCUGCUUCUGAGUCGAGCCAGAUGAGUUCUUGGCACUUGCCAGUAAACUUCAUGCUUCAGCUAUACAAUUUGUUAGACAAAACUCCCGUUGCCAUCGAAAUUGCUCUCCGGCUGGCCAAAUCACUGAGUCAAAAAAUUGUUACUUUGGGGGAAUACUGA